UGACUGUCUAGUGACGGGUUCUUGUUUACACAAUAAGUAAUGAUUAGAUUGGAAAUUCUGCUCCCCAAAUGACUCAGUAAAUUGCAAGUGAACACUGCUGAAUCUGACAUAAGGAACAGCUGGCCUGACACUCAUUCCACUAGAAAACAACAGUCUCUACGUCUUCUUCUCCUUGUGUCCUAGGAAUGAAGUCCCAGUGUGCGCUUGCUUUCCUCUGGUUGGCUUCUUUCUGCCAUGGCACUCUGUCCUGCCCAGAACUUUGCAAAUGCUACCACAGAAGAGCUGAGGUGGUCUGUAAUGAGGUUUCCCUGACAGCGUACCCCUCCGAGGGUCUGCCGAAGAACACUACCAUGGUGACCAUCCAGUUUACAAACAUCACCUCCAUCUCUGAGCAGCAUCUUAAUGCCACACCCCAGCUGCAAGGGCUUCACAUGUACAACAACCACCUGCAGAGCCUUCCCACUGAUUUUCUCAGAGGCGUUCCUCACCUCAACACUUUGGAUCUCACAGAAAACAAACUGUCUGACCUGCCUGCAGGUGUCUUCAGCCACGCCCCACUGCUCAGCUUGGUGUUGAAGAAUAAUCAGAUUGAAAAAGCUGAUCCUGAGUGGCUUCCUGAUAACAGCAGCAUCACUUGGUUGGACCUAUCUGGGAACCUUUUAACAAAGAUCACGGUUGCUCUGCUUCAGAAGUUGCCCCACCUUGAAAAUCUGGAUCUUUCAAACAACCGUAUGGAGAAGAUCUCUGCAAACUCUCUCCACUCGCUGACCAAACUUGAGAGGCUAAACCUGCAAGACAACAAGCUAAUCACCCUGGAUGUAUCUACAUUUCAGAGCACCCGUAACCUCACUUAUCUCUUCCUCUCUCGGAAUAAGCUCAAUGAACUCCCGCAAAACCUUUUUGAGGAGCUCACUCAGCUCAGAGCCCUGAGUCUGGAAGACAACCAGCUGAGGCACGUCCCCACAGGUUUGCUGGACCCUCUUAACUCCCUGGACGAGGAGGGGCUGGACCUGUCUGCCAACCCAUGGCUUUGUGAUGGGAAAGUGGAGUACCUCUGGAGGUGGCUUCAGAAGAACAAGAAGAAGGUCUUCUUGCCAGAGACCAUCAUUUGUGCUAGCCCGCGGUCUCUGGUGGGGCGCUCAGUAAUGUCACUUACAGAGACCGAACUAAACCUUCAGUCUUAACAGUCUUAAGCUCAGCCUCUGAUAGCUGUCUUACAUUUUGAUCACUGAAACGUUCUCUUUUGUCAGUGUAUGGUGAAUGUAUAAUAAAAUAUGAAACGACUAAGAAGACCA